UAACCUCAGCUUCCUAAACUCAGCAGAAAGGUCGGAGGCAUUGUUGCAAAGGCCAGAAGCCCCAUGAUUCUGUCUGCUCGCCAAAGACGGACGAAAACCGAAGUUGUGCGAUGCAGCUUUAAAGGGGCUGGUGAUUGACAGAAUGUGUAGCAGUGGAUGGGGUGGAGCCGCUGGGUGGGGUCUGACACCGGCAGCUGGGAGAAACCAAAAGGAGGAAAAAAGAAAACCAUUGCCCUCUGAUAUCGCUAAUGCUGGGCGGGGUAAGCUAGCUAGAAAGGGAGGAAAAGGAGGGUUUUAGAGCUCACCUCCACUCACCCAUAGUCAACUCUCUCAAAACCUUCUGUCUCAUUUUGAGAUAAUUAAAAUCGAGUAUAUACCGGCCCUAGUCGGUGCCCAUUCCCUCUAACUCUCCAGUGAAGUAGGUUCGUAGUACGAGGGAGUGAGAGCCCCGAGUCCAUCAGUUCAACCCCAGCCCCGCCCCGUCCGUUGGCCCUGGCCCGGGGCUGGGAGGAGAGGAUGCCUUCGGAGGCGCAGAAUCCAAAAAUAUGGAUCAAUUCAUAAGCAACUUGGAGGUCCAACUUAAUUCAGAAGGUGGCUCAAUGCAUGUGUUGAAACAGGUCACUAUCCCUGUUCAAAUCAGAGAUCCGCCAAAGACAGCAGACAAAGGUAAUAUGACAUCUCCACCACUCCUUGAUGCCAACCCCAUGGAGAACCCAUCACUGUUUAAUGACAUCAAGAUUGAGCCACCAGAAGAACUGCUGGCUAAUGACUUCAAUCUGCCCCAGGUGGAACCAGUUGACCUCUCCUUUCACAAGCCCAAGGCUCCUCUCCAGCCUGCCAGCAUGCUUCAAGCUCCAAUACGUCCUCCCAAGCCACAGCCCACUCCCCAGACUCCUAUAGUGUCCAUGUCAACAUCUGAUGCAGGCACUUUAGCAAACAUCCCUACCGUUCUGACUCCAGGCUCUAUCCUGGCCUCCUCUCAGGGCACUGGUGGCCAACAGAUCUUACAUUUGAUUCACACUAUCCCCUCAGUCAGCCUGCCAAAUAAGAUGGGUGGCCUGAAGACCAUCCCUGUAGUGGUACAGUCAUUGCCCAUGGUGUAUACCACUUUGCCUGCAGAUGGGAACCCUGCAGCUAUUACAGUCCCACUCAUUGGAGGAGAUGGCAAAAAUGCUGGAUCAGUGAAAGUUGACCCCACCUCCAUGUCUCCACUGGAAAUCCCAAGUGACAGUGAGGAGAGCGCAAAUGAGAGUAGAUCCUUGGCCUUACAGGGUAUUCAGGGACUACAGCAAGAACCAGCAGUAAUGACCCAAAUGCAGGGAGAAGAGUCCCUUGACUUGAAGAGAAGACGGAUUCACCAAUGUGAUUUUGCAGGAUGCAGCAAAGUAUACACCAAAAGCUCUCACCUGAAAGCCCACCNNNUUUUUUUUUUAGGAGAGAAGCCUUAUAAAUGCACCUGGGAUGGCUGCUCCUGGAAAUUUGCUCGCUCAGAUGAGCUCACCCGCCAUUUCCGCAAGCACACAGGCAUCAAGCCCUUCAGGUGUACGGACUGCAACCGUAGCUUUUCUCGCUCUGACCACCUGUCCCUGCACCGCCGUCGCCAUGACACCAUGUGAGCAGUACAGUCCACAACAGAAAAGCUGUGCUGGUCUCAUUCAUGUGUGUGAGCUGAGGUCAUGAUCAUCUUUUCCUCUUUGACUUCAGCUUGCUUCUGGAAUGGGGUUGGAGCAGCUCACUGAGCCAGGUUGAUGAUACUGGAGGAAAACAUAGCUGGCUUCCCAUGGAGAUUCCUCAUAUUCCAUCUUCACCUCUCCACUAUCCAGUCCCCAAUUUUCUCAAACUCCACAUGGGUUGAAUAAAAGUAUGGCACCCAUGGUCUGCGAUAGGACAUUUUUCCUACAUUAACAAAACAAGAAUCAAACUCAAGGCUGUGAACAAACAUACGCUGCUUCCCUGCACCCCCCCCCCCGCCCCGUUUUUCUUUUCUCAUGUUUUCUAGAAUUCUUAUCAACAUUUUUUUUGAAUCAGUACUUAAAAGUGGUUGAUAAUGUUUUAAAAUGACUUUUUCCAAGUUGCUAGACAGAAGAGGGCAUAACAAUGUAUUUGUUUGGUAGGAUUUAUAUGGAUUUGGGUCCUGAGUGUAGGACAUAGUCUCAGUGAAUAAGCCAAGUACAAAACUCAAAGGUUUUGUUAAUUCAAUCCUGUUUGUUCUUGCAGUUUGGUUUUAGACAGUGCUGGUGCUUUUGCUGCUUAAGUCCACCAAAAGGAAUGAAGGGAUCAUCUUGUCUUUCUCCUUCUUCUUCCUCUUCUUCUUCCUUUAGGAUUAAAGAUUUUACAGCACAAUCACAUUCUUUGUUAGGUUAAAUUUGGACAGAUAU